UCCUGCUUCAUCAAAAGGAGAUGUUGUCCUGGAAAUCUGCUAACACCAGGUGAUAGAGAUAUGAAACAUCAGUGGACAGGGAGAGGGAAGUGCAGGUUAUCCAGAAUCACCACAGAGUAAAGGUCUGCCUGACCUGUGUCAGAUUGUCUUCUGCAGCUAGGCAAUGAAACCAUAACUUCUGUCAGCUCUUCAGAAGGCUCAGAGUAUUUUGUGAAAAAGUUCUGCAGGGCAGAGGAGUCAAACACUUGAUCACAUGCAGGAGCACAGGAUAGAUGGAGUACAGCUGACUCAACAGCUACAGGGGAUUUGGGUUUUGCAAUGGAACAGGUAUGGUUACUGCUCCUGCUGACGAUUAAAGUGCUUUCAGUGACUGCUCAGUUCAACGGAUACAACUGUGAUGCUAACCUCCAUAGCAGGUUUCCUGCUGAACGAGAUAUCAAUGUUUUCUGUGGAGUGCAGACAAUUACUAUGAAGAUAAAUUUUUGCACAGUUCUUUUCUCUGGUUAUUCUGAGACAGAUCUGGCACUGAAUGGGAAACAUGGGGAUGCCCACUGCAGGGGUUUCAUCAAUAACAACACCUUUCCAGCAGUGGUCAUUUUCAUCAUCAAUCUGAGUACUUUGGAAUCCUGUGGAAACACUUUAGUGGUAUCCUCAGCUCGAGGUAUCAAUGCUUAUGGAAAUACCUCAGUGGUACAGAUAGGUAAUGUUUCAGGCUAUAUUGAUACACCGGACCCACCAACGAUUAUCAGCUAUUUGCCUGGGCUUCUGUACAAAUUUAGCUGUAGCUAUCCACUGGAGUACUUGGUUAACAAUACCCAGCUUGCUUCGUCAUCAGCUGCUAUUUCUGUAAGAGAGAAUAAUGGUACAUUUAUCAGCACUUUGAAUUUGUUGCUUUACAAUGAUUCAACCUACAGCCAGCAGCUCCUUAUUCCAAGUACAGGUUUACCUUUGAAAACCAAAAUAUAUGCAGCUGUAAGAGCAACCAACCUUGAUGGCAGGUGGAAUGUUUUGAUGGACUACUGUUACACCACACCAUCUGGCAAUCCUAGUGAUGAUCUUCGAUAUGAUCUUUUUUUCAGCUGUGACAAGGACCCGCAGACAACUAUAAUUGAAAAUGGCAAGAGCCAAAUGGGCCGGUUUUCUUUUGAGGUGUUUCGCUUUGUGAAGCACAAGAACCAGAAGAUGUCUACGGUCUUCCUUCACUGCGUGACAAAGCUGUGCAGAGCAGAUGACUGUCCCUUUCUUGUGCCAAUUUGCAGUAACAGAGAAAGAAGAGACGCUGGUGGGCGGACAACUUGGAGCCCUCAGAGCACAUCUGGCAAUGCUGUAAUCUCUGCUGGCCCCAUCAUUACAAGAAGUGAUGAGACGCCAACCAACAAUUCACAGCUUGCUCAUACAAACGGACCUCCUUUCCAGCUGAACUCAGUCACCAGCACACUGAUUUCAGGCGUCGUCAUCCUAGGAAUCACAAGCAUUUUCUUUUUUGUGUGUUCCCUAACUCUUCUGCACAGAAGGUGGCCCAACAGUUCAGUUUUGAGUGGCAUCCGAAACCCAGUUUUCAACUGAAAGUGAUGAUUUACUUGCACUUUUUCUUUGGGGUUGCCUUUCUUGUCCAUGAAACAUGAUUCCAUUUAAAAAAUAAUAUUAAGGCAACACUCCAGCUGUAUGCAGCUUCCAUUCCAGCUAUUCUAGAUUUGUAGAUUUGCUAGAUGAUGUUAUGUAGGUAAGCAGCAGUGAUAUUUGUAGCAAUCCUAGAAAAUUAUGAGAAUCUCAAUUGUGUUUGUGAUCAGACUGUAUGAUGUUAUACCCAUGGGUGUGCUGACAAUAGAGUUUGUGUCUCCAGCUUCCCAGUAAGGUCUCAAAGCUGAAGAUGCUGAAGGUGAGAACCUUUCCAAGUAUGCCAUUCUUAUACGAAACCUGACACAUUCAGAAACAUUCAUAAGUUCAUAAAUGCCUACUAAUGUUAGGAUCACUUCUAUUUUGUCGUGGUGUUUUUCAGAAAUUUGAAAAAAACAAUUGUGUCUCAGGAGGAACUUGUUUUCAUUUAUCUUGGCUAAAAAUAACCCCAGAGAGACUUAGAAUAAGUGACUUUGGCUUAUUAUUCAUUUGGAAAUGUUUUCUUAGAUAUAUCUUACAUUGAAUUGUGGUAUCACGUGAAGCACAUAAUUUGGCUAGGUAUCUUUGAGUCAACUAGUUUAGGGCAAACUGCAGCUGAUCCCAGGGAACAAUGCUGCAGUUCUUGGGGUGGAAAAAACUUUUUCCAACAAAAUUAUUGAGUGAGAAUCAGAGAGCACUUUAAAUCUAACCAAUGUUCAGCAGAAAGUUAAUUCUGCACAGAGUUGCCACGUCUGCAGCCUUCAGUCACAUUCUAACCCCGGGAACUGCUCCAACGGGAAAAAGUAUUCCUUUCCCCUGGCUCCUUGAACAGGCAAGCUAAUACAAGAAAGCAAUGCCCAAACUUUCCGCAUACAAAAUUAUUUUUGGAACAUAAUUUGGCAGCUGAGUAAAGCUCUCAUUAAUAUCCAAAUUUGUAAGGGCCAGUUUUGCCCCAUAAGUUUUGCAGUUCUCAGAUAAGGCUUUCCUUUCUACGUGGAGAGUUGUAGAUCAACGCUUAUUUCUUUAGCAGAUUUUCUGCAUGGAUUAGACUACUUCACUGCAUGGAUGAGGGGAAGAGGGCAACUAGAAGGGUAACAGGCCACAAGCAGUACUGUACUGUUUUUGACUCGAGUUAAUCUGAUAAACAUCAGACUUAUCUGAAGUGAGUGUGAGUGACCAGGUGCCCUCAAACAGGAGCACAGGGCAGUGGCAUAGCUGUGUAGGCUAGACAAAAAUGCUGGUACUACAGAGGCCACUGUAGACACAACAUAUAUUAAGCUGAACUGGAUAGACAUUUGGGAUUUUGGUCAUACAUACAGCAGUUAAAUGUCAUUUUUCAUGUACUGCACAUACUGGCCUAGAAACAUCUCACUGAUAUUUAUCACCAUCCUCUGUUAACCAUGUCUAUGUUUUCAUUGAUGUGACACAACUGGCUAAUAGCGAUCGGGGCUCUUUGGCUUUCAAGACUAAAGACAAAUACAGACUUGUUCUCAGUUUUCUCUGAUCCUGCAAAUGCUGUAUAAAGGCCCGUCAUUCGCAAAGUCCACUGUGCUGCAGUGUGGUAUCCCUAACAACCAAUACUGUGCCUGUUUUCCUCCGGUCUUAAUACCUCAGAAACAUUUUUGCACUUCAGGGGUUAGGUCUGAUGACAUGUAA